UGUUUGCUCUUUCUUGUAAACAUACUCCUUCAUUUUUCACCAGCCAAUCAACCUUGCCAGAAGGUCUGCGUGCCAGCCUACUUGUCUCAUGCUCCAGUUUCUGGACUUCCCAAUAGUGUUCUAACCUCAGACUCUGCCACAGUGCAAAGGGCCUUUUGGUGUGUUAUAUUUGUGCUGGGUGUCAUCUUGGUUGUGACUGGUGGGUUUGUCACAAUUUGUGCAACCCCAGGGACCAGUCAUCGCCUUUAUGAGACUGGAGGGGCUCUCUUUAUAACCGGGGGAAUCUUAAUCAUGUCUGUAGUGAUGCUGUUUGCUGUGUGGGUCCAGGUCUCAGACUCUUUAGAGCGGUAUGGCCUCCAGCGCAGACGCUUAGUAUGCAACAAUCUGCAGCUCAGUGUGCACUAUGGUCCGUCUUUUAUGCUGGCUCCCACUGCUGCCUUCCUCUGCCUGCUUACUGGCCUUUUUCUCCUGCUUAUUCCAUCAGUCAGCAAAGCAUCAGCCAGAGACACAGAGAAUCAGCUAUUCUCACUGCGAGAGGAAUGUGUGUAGAGUUAUGUAAUAUUUUCCUCAAGUAUUUUUUCUGAAUGUGUAGAGUUUUCUGCCCUCCAUAUACAACAAAAGGAGAAUUCAGAGGACAUUUUACAAUGAGAAUAUAAUUGAGAGUAAUCAAAAUUUUAUAACAUUUUCAUUGAAGCAAUAAUUAAAAGUAUCUGGGGGCCACAAGGGGGUGCUACAGGGUUUACAGAAAAGAUUUUGUAACUAUCCAUGAUAAUUUCAUCAGAUAUUUCAAAUAGCUUUUAAAGGUGGGAAUUUUUCACUUUUUUUGUUCUACUGACACCCACAGCUCUGAAAAGCUAUAGUUACCAUUCACUUUCACUGUAUCUAAAAGAGCAAAAUGUAAACCCCCAAAAUUUAGCUAAACUUCUAGUUUUGGGUAGAAGAAAAAAGUGGUAGAAGAAAAAACUGAAUUGUUAUUUGUAUAUUUAUUUAUAUUAUUACCAGAUGCACUAUUUCUUUAUGACUGUUAAAAGGCCAUAAUCAGAUCCAGGUGAACAUUUUUAUCAAGCACUAAAAUAGCAAAAACUGUAAAAACAGCCUAAACACACACACAUACAGUAUUUUUUUUUUUUUUAGUUUUGCAUGUAUUUACAUGUAUAUAUUUAUA